AUGCCGACCACUACGGUGCACCCCAAUCGAUAUACCAGCGCUUUGGUGCCGUAUCACAUAGGAAAGCUACCCAUCGAAAUGCUAGAACAGGUAUUCAUCGAAUGCGCCAGGGAUACCAUUUAUCCCAGUAACAUAGAAAUGCUGACUGUAGGCGACUACAACACCGCUCCGGACUGGAUCAACAUCACAUACGUCUGCCGUCUCUGGCGCAGAAUCUCGCUUGUGUGCCCUUAUCUGUGGACGCACAUCACCACCAAUCUCAGCCAUCGAUGGGUCCUCGAGUUUUUGAAGCGCUCGCGGAAACACCCGCUCGUCCUCGAGCUGAGCACCUUCCAUUCCACCUUCCGCGACAUUAAGCUCGUCCUCUACGCCCAUGCGUUUCGAGUCAGGCAGCUCUAUCUCGGAGAUGUGGUGGUCAGUAACCCUGUGAUGUUAUCAGAGCUCGGCAGUGGGUUGACCGUCUCUGCGCCUCUGCUCGAGGACCUCGUUUUGGAGGUCGGCCAAUGUGAAGUACAAGAUGAUCUGUUCUCGGGAUAUGCCCCACGCUUGCAUCGCCUUGGGCUCGGAGAUGCGAUGACGAUCAGCAUCGAUUCUCCCUUGCUGGGCCAUCUUCGCGAGCUCGAAGUACGAGAAACGUACGAUGCAGACGGUCUGCUCAAGCUGCUCCAGAAUACACCGCUCCUCGAGUCUCUGAAAGUCAGCGACCUGGUUCCAGGUCGCCAGUACUCCGGAGUCGAUGUGCAUCUUCCGCAUCUCUCCGCGCUAUGCAUCCGAUUAUAUGACUACCGGAGCUUCCUCAGCUUUUUCGAACGGCUUCGGAUACCUCCGACGGUCCACUUCCAGAUCAUCCUCUGCAUUUUGAGAGUGUCAAGCACCGAGGAGGAGUACUGCGCCGUACUCGAUGUGAUAGCCGACCGCGUUCGCGGCAUCAGCAAGUCUAUAGGCCCUCUAUGCGCGAGCCUAGAAAUCGAGCCGGAGAAGGACUGGUGCAUCGCCUGGUACCCAAUACGCCAAACGCUCGACGAUCCUGCCGUCGACCGGACACCACGCCGAGCGCUACGCGAAUACGAA